GGCUGUGCGGGGCUCCCUCGGCGCCGCGGCUAGCGCGCCUGCCGCCUCGGUCUCCUCAGCCGCCCGCGCCGCCCGCCUGGGGGACGAGGAGCAGGACGCGGCCUCGGCCGGGCCCGGGCCGAACGGCUGCGGACACCCGGGCGCCGGGGAGCCGAGCGCCGCCGCCGCCGCCGCCUCCGGGAUGGAUCAGUGCGUGACGGUGGAGCGCGAGCUGGAGAAGGUGCUGCACAAGUUCUCGGGCUACGGGCAGCUGUGCGAGCGCGGCCUGGAGGAGCUCAUCGACUACACCGGCGGCCUCAAGCACGAGAUCCUGCAGAGCCACGGCCAAGAUGCUGAAUUAUCAGGGACACUUUCACUUGUUUUGACACAGUGCUGUAAAAGAAUAAAGGAUACUGUUCAAAAAUUGGCCUCAGACCACAAAGACAUCCACAGCAGUGUUUCUCGGGUUGGAAAAGCCAUUGAUAAGAAUUUUGAUUCUGACAUUAGCAGUGUGGGAAUAGAUGGCUGCUGGCAAGCAGACAGCCAGAGGCUUCUCAACGAGGUGAUGGUGGAGCACUUCUUCCGACAGGGCAUGCUGGAUGUAGCUGAGGAGCUCUGCCAGGAAUCUGGUCUUUCUGUAGACCCAAGUCAGAAGGAACCAUUUGUGGAGUUAAAUCGAAUAUUAGAAGCAUUAAAAGUCAGAGUUCUGAGACCGGCUCUGGAAUGGGCAGUAUCAAACCGAGAAAUGCUCAUAGCCCAAAACAGCUCCUUGGAAUUUAAGCUACACAGACUGUAUUUUAUUAGCUUGUUGAUGGGUGGAACUACAAAUCAGCGAGAGGCAUUACAAUAUGCUAAAAAUUUUCAGCCAUUUGCCCUAAAUCAUCAGAAAGACAUUCAGGUUUUGAUGGGAAGCCUUGUGUACCUGAGACAAGGGAUUGAGAACUCACCAUAUGUUCACCUGCUUGAUGCAAACCAGUGGGCUGACAUCUGUGACAUCUUUACACGAGAUGCGUGUGCCCUCCUGGGGCUCUCUGUGGAGUCCCCUCUCAGUGUCAGUUUCUCAGCAGGUUGUGUGGCGCUGCCAGCUUUAAUUAAUAUCAAAGCUGUGAUUGAGCAGAGGCAGUGCACUGGAGUUUGGAACCAGAAAGACGAAUUACCCAUUGAGGUGGACCUUGGUAAAAAGUGCUGGUAUCACUCUAUAUUUGCCUGUCCUAUUCUUCGUCAGCAAACGACAGAUAACAAUCCACCCAUGAAAUUGGUGUGUGGUCAUAUUAUAUCAAGAGAUGCCCUGAAUAAAAUGUUUAAUGGUAGCAAAUUAAAAUGUCCGUAUUGUCCAAUGGAACAAAGUCCAGGAGAUGCCAAACAGAUAUUUUUCUGAAGAAAUAACUUUAGUUUGCAAUUUGGAGAAAGCUGUGGUAGAUUCCAAAUUUGCUUUUUGAUGUUUUCCUCUGCUCCAGCUCUCACUGAGAAGUCAGCAGACCUGCAUUUGAGCUCUGCUUGUAGCCCCAGCAGGCUACCUGUUUAAAAUUCCAUCAUGAGUUUGGCGGGUUGGUGUGAGAAGUCUUCUGCUAGAACAGAGUGGAAGGAGUACUGUUGUUUCUUUGCUUUUAUUGCCAAGAGGUGCUUAUUUUAAAAGUGUGUUCAAUAAAAUGAGAUUCUGAAGUUAGAAGUGUUCUUAAGUUGAUAUUUGCUCUCCUGGUCUUGGUAGCCCUAUUCUCUGAAACCUGCAUUCAGGACUUGGAUAUCUGUUGCGUUUGUAUGUCACUGCAGACACAGUGUCGUGUGUGUGUGUAUACAUGUGCGCCAGCAUCAAACAUUGUGUAUCUGGAAGAGAAGAAGCAUGUUCCAGUCCUAAAAUGCAGUUACCAGACUCAUUACUUUAAAUCCUUGAAAUUAGAAGCUAGCAAAUUUUCUGUAGUGCAGAAUAUGUUUAUUGCUGUUUUUGUAUUUGAGUAGUAUACUGUUCAAUGCCUCUCUUCUGCAAAGUGUAUCAUCUCAUUGACUGUGAAUCUGUAUAUUAUUCUGAUGGAUACAGAUGAUGAUCUUUUCUCUUGUGAGGUAUCUUCAUUUAAUGCACUGUCCAGAAAUAGCCAUGUGUAAGAGUCUUUCUCUGUAUGAUGAACUACAUGGAAAAGACUUCUGUGGACAUAAUUCUGACUUAAACCCAUUAAGUUACUUCAUUAUGAGAAGAAUGUUCUAUGGAAAUCACCAAAUAUUUUGCAACUUGAUUUCAUCUGACGUGGAACUGAACAUCAAUGUAUGAAAACUUUCCUGAGAAAAUGAAAAAAGAAGAAAACACCGAAGCAGAGAGAAACGUGACACUUCAGAGUUUUAAACUACAGACUGACUUAGUUUGUGGUGGAGGGAGAGAACAGGUUCAGUGCUAAGUUGACUGGAAACUGGCAGCAUUUGCAGUAGUAUACCAGCCUGGAUGGUUUGUCCUGAAGUGUUUACCUGGGAGAGCUGGGAUUUUUUUGUAAAGGAAAGGAGUGUUGUGUGUGGUCAGGCUGACGUCGAGCGCUGCUGUGUGCCAUGUGGGUUAGCCAGGAAUCGUGAUUGACCUGCCCAGAGCUUGCUUUGUCCAGCCUUAGCCUUGGCCUCACAGCGACUUCUGUCCCAUGUUUCUGCUUUCCAGUUGGAAACCUCUCUCCACUAAUACAGUGAAGGAAGAGAGCAGAGAGAAGCGCCUUGGACUUCAAAAGAGAAGGUAGAGAUCCCAGGCAAUACUCGGGCCGAGGAUGUAAAGCUGGUUUAUUAUAUAUUUUUUCCUUUGAAUUAAAACCCAGAGUGUCAUCUUUUUUUUACCUUUUUCUCGAUAGGCCAGAUUUAUUUUUUCUCGAUAGGCCAGAUUUAGCUUUAUUCACAACUUGUUCUCACCUUUUUGCCGCACACACCUACACAACAUUUAGGCUUCGCAUAGGAUUUGAACAAUACAGACAUCGCCCUAGAGGCUGGUGGUAAAUAUUUUUGGCGGCCAGACAUUUGACCUACUUGGCUCAGGCCACUUUCAAGGACAAAAGCCAGUGCUCUGCUUUGUCCCUCUCCCAGUGUUGGGAAUCCUAUUGACAGUUUUCUGUGCAGCUCCUGAAACUUUAAAAAGAACAUGCUUUAAUGUGUUUGAUUGUACAGCUUCCUGUGCAAGGUCCUUGUAGUCCCACUGGGCAAGGUUAGGGCCAAAAAUUUUGAAACUCUACUGAUCUGAAAUUUAACAUGAAAAUUAUGUCUUGUGACCUUCUUUAACUAAACACAUCGACUUAAAGAUCAUUGGUGACUAAAUGUGAAGGAGACAUGGAUUUGAAGAGGCCAGACCUCAACCAAAGAUGCUAAAUAGAACAUGCUGUCCUUCCUUCUCUAGAAACACCUUCACCAAUGGUGUCGGGACCAUGUCACCGCUGAGGCUCUGUAUGUCAGCAGUGCGGGAGGAUACUCUCCGUCACGCUGUUUCCACUUGCAAAAGGUCAUGAUAGAGCCAACGUUUUUUUAGUGAGGCUCAUUAUCACAAUGUACCUUGAAAACAGAAUUUCAGAAUGGUUUCUUAAAUUUCUUUAGGAACCAUUUCCAUUUAUCAGUUGUGGACAAAGGCCAUGGGACUAUGCUAGACCAAUAAAACAUUAUUACCAGAUCCGUAGGUUCUUAUUAGCCAGAGCAUCUGUGCUUUCAAGUAUAAUCUGAAGUACAGUGGCUAAGGUUGUCUUUCGAUCUUUUUUCUCCUUUGUGUGAUCAUCACAAAUGCCAUUUCUGUUGUUUUAGUGGUGAUUAUGAGAGACUUCUAAUACAUAAAUGAACGGGUAUUGGUGCCUCUUGAUUUUAAAAAUUUUGAAGGAAAGAGCCACCUCAUAUUCAUAGGGUGUGUGAGUAUUUUGUGAGUGUAUGAGCAUUUAAUUGAAAAUAAGAAAGUUAUGAAGUAAACCUUUUGUUUUGAUUUUUUUUCCGUGGCAGCUGAUGUAUACAGUGACACUAAAACCCACACCAACUUAUGUGGGGAAUGAGGAUCCUUCUUUCUCUCCAGCUGUCCCACAGGUUAUGCAGUUUAAGUUGAGUAUUUCUUAUGCUGUGAGUUAUUUCCAUCUCAGUGCUUUCAGCCUCUGGGACAGUAGAUACUGCGAAAACAAGAACUCGUGGGUAUCUGCACGAGACAAGCUGCUGGUAGACAUUAGUCCUGGUUUUCCAGCUCAGCCUAGGACUAAGUGGUCUGAUAGUCAAGCUGACCAGUCUGCCUAGUCAGCAGACUCAGGUUGUUUUCAGGGAAGCCACGGAGGCAUGGUUUGGUUCAUUUCACCACUGGGAUGUGUAAGAUGAGGAGACAAACCAAAUACCUUUCAUUACUUAACUCUGUACGUUGUCUUUGGUAACGCUAGAAUGCUGUGGCCUUGAGGGAACAUUAGCAAGGAACACACAGAAGGUGUGGUGCUUCCUAAGCCUGUCCAGCUGUGGCGGGAUUUAUGUGGUACCAUGGUGUUUACCAUAAGCAAUUACAUGAACUGUUCUUGUUGAACUAUAAUUGAACAGAUACCAAAAAUAGAAUGACAAAUGUAUUUUAAUAGCAGAUGAGGCAAUUAGUUUUAGGGCGAGUUUUCCACUGUUGAUUUUACUUCAAGACAUAGGGAGAGAAAACAAAGUUUUGUUUUCCAGGCAUUUCCCUCUACAGUUUUAAACUCUAGUGAGCAUAUGCUUCAUUUACUUCCAAAGAGGCAAAAGCAGCUGGUUUUGGCUCAUAGCACCUGCUUUGUUUCGUGUCGUGGAUGAAGACCCUACACUCUUAGAUUAGCAGUCACUUAACAUUUUCCAGCAAGGCGGAUGUGGGGUUCGUUAGGAUUUGGUGCCAGAUGUUUUCUUUGGGAAGGGGUGGGAGUGAAUGUAUUGGGGCUGGGAGGGAAGCAGGGGAAGAAAACGGGAGUGUGAGUGAGUGUGCAUGUGUGUGAAAGUCACCAUUAUCCCACCUGUGUCUAGCAGGGAACAGAAAUUUAAUGUAUUUUGCUCAUGACUGCAGUAUGCAUGUAUUUUUUUUUUCUCCUCCAUGUUUUCUAAACUUACACUAAAAGGAUUCAUGAAAUUAUCUGUUCAGAUGGCUCAGGAUUGUAUUUCUUUUGCUUACCCUGUGCUCUUGGGUUCUAUAGUAUUUCUAUAAUUAUGUUACAAGAAUAGUGUUGCACUGUAAUCUAUCAUAGAGCUAUAUGUAUGGAAAAUUUUGAUCAGUUUUUUAAGAAAUGUAUCCUGUUUGCAAAGGCACAAUAAAGUUGCAUCUUAUAGACUAUAGGCAAUAAAGCUAACAAUAAACCUUAUUUAACUCAAACCAUA